AUGGAAAAGCUCUACAAAGAAAAUGAAGGAAAGCUAGAAAACAAAGGAAACCUGGAAAAUGAGGGAAAACCAAAAAGUGAAGUAGAGCCAGAAGAUGAAGCAGAUACAGAAGAGGAAGGAAAGUCAGAAGAGGAAGGAAAGCCGGAGGUGGAGGGGAAGCCAGAAAACCAGGGGAAGCUAGAGGAUGAGGGAGAGCCAGGUGAUGAGCGACAGCCAGAGGGAAAGAAGGAAAAGCAGGGAAAGCCAGGAGAUGACGGGAAACCACAAGGUGAGGGCAAGCUGAAGUCUGAGCGAAAGCCAGAAAGCGAGCCCCGGGCUGCCGAAAAGCGCCCGGCUGAAGAUUACGUGCCCCGGAAAGCGAAAAGAAAAACCGACAGGGGGACGGAUGAUUCCCCCAGGGACUAUCAGGAGGAUUUACACGAAAGGCACCUGAGCAGUGAAGAGAUGAUGAGAGAAUGUGGUGAUAUGUCAAGGGCUCAGGAGGAGCUAAGGAAAAAACAGAAAAUGGGUGGUUUUCAUUGGUUGCAAAGAGAUGUCCAGGAUCCAUUCCCCCCAAGGGGCCAGCGGGGAGUCAGAGGAGUCAGGGGCGGAGGUAGGGGCCAAAGAGGCUUACAUGAUGCCCCAUACCUUUAA